ACCUGAGGAAUGGAAGAAGGGAGCGGAGGCCCUGAAGGGGCUUUUGUGCGGAGUGGGCCAUCCGCGAAGCUCUGUUAAGGUGGCCAGAACUGCGGUGGAGAGAAACUCAGGGGCUACCACUGGGCACUUGGGUGCAGGAGGCAGAAACCAGACUGGCAGCGUGCACCCCGGCCGGGCCACGCGCGCGCCUUCUCCGAAUCCGCCCGAAGGUGCAGAAACUCACUGCGGAGGUGGAAGGCAGGCAUGCGAGGACUCGCGCUGCGCUUUCCCCCCUCCCUCCCUCCAGCCGGCGAGCCGGGGAGCCUAGCGACGGGACAGAGACGCAGAGCGGCGAGGAAGGUGCGUGCAAGGUGCGUGCUCGCGCCCGCGUUCCCUCCAAGCGAGCCCCCCUUUCUUGGGUCGGUCACGCGGCGGGCGGGAGCGUGGGCGGGGGGCGGUGCGCGCGCGCGGCCUCUUCCACUCCCCGGGGAGCCCCCUCCCUUCUCCACGCGCCCCUCCUCCCUUCCCCUCCCCCUGCCCGCGCAGCGCCCCACGGCCUGCGAGCUGCUGAAGCGCUGCCGUCUGCUCGGACGACGCUGCGCUCCCCGGGGCGUGCUCCUACCUGCCAGGCGCGGCCUCCAGCGGGCUCACCCACUGCGCGACGCCUCCUCCAGGCCCAGUACCCUGUGCCAACCCCGUGGCCGCCGCUGCCCCCGCCGGGACCGAGAUUUCAUCCUGAUGGCUGACUCUAAACCACUCCCCUCCCUUGACUGGGACCCCGUGGCUGCGGAAGCCUUGCUCCGGGACGUGUUUGGGGUUGUUGUGGAUGAAGUCAUCUGGAAAGGGACCAGUGCUUCCGAGAAGGUCUGCGAGUGGAAGGAGCCGGAGGAGCUGAAGCAGCUGCUGGAUUUGGAGCUGCGGAGCCAGGGGGAGUCAAAGGAGCAAAUCCUGGAGCGGUGCCAGGCUGUGAUCCGCUACAGCGUGAAGACCUGUCACCCUCGCUUCUUCAACCAGCUCUUCUCAGGGUUGGAUCCCCAUGCCCUGGCUGGGCGCAUUGUCACCGAGAGCCUCAACACCAGCCAGUACACUUACGAAAUCGCCCCCGUGUUUGUCCUCAUGGAAGAAGAGGUGCUGAGAAAGCUCCGGGCGUUGGUGGGCUGGCGCUCUGGGGAUGGGGUCUUCUGCCCUGGUGGCUCUAUCUCCAACAUGUAUGCGGUGAACCUGGCCCGCUAUCAGCGCUUUCCCGAUUGCAAGCAGAAGGGUCUCCGGGCACUGCCACCCCUGGCCCUCUUCACAACGAAGGAGUGUCACUACUCCAUCAAAAAAGGAGCUGCUUUCCUGGGACUUGGCACCGACAGUGUCCGAGUGGUCAAGGCAGAUGAGAGAGGGAAGAUGAUCCCUGAGGAUCUGGAGAGGCAGAUCAGCCUGGCCGAAGCUGAGGGUGCUGUGCCGUUCCUGGUCAGUGCCACCUCUGGGACUACUGUUCUGGGGGCCUUUGAUCCCCUGGAAGCAAUUGCUGACGUGUGCCAGCGUCGUGGACUGUGGCUGCACGUGGACGCCGCCUGGGGUGGAAGCGUCCUGCUGUCACAGACACACAGACAUCUCCUGGAUGGGAUCCAGAGGGCUGACUCCGUGGCCUGGAACCCCCACAAGCUCCUCACAGCAGGCCUGCAGUGCUCAGCUCUCCUUCUCCGUGACACUACGAAUCUGCUCAAGCGCUGCCACGGGUCCCAGGCCAGCUACCUCUUCCAGCAGGACAAGUUCUACGACGUGGCCCUGGACACGGGAGACAAGGCGGUGCAGUGUGGCCGCCGGGUGGACUGUCUGAAGUUGUGGCUCAUGUGGAAGGCACAGGGCGGGCAAGGGCUGGAGCGGCGUGUCAACCAGGCCUUUGCCCUUGCCCGAUACCUGGCGGAGGAGAUGAAGAAGCGGGAAGGAUUUGAGUUGGUCAUGGAGCCAGAGUUUGUCAAUGUGUGUUUCUGGUUUGUGCCUCCCAGCCUGCGGGGCAAGCAGGAGAGUCUGGAUUACAGUGAAAGGCUGGCUAAGGUGGCCCCAGUACUCAAGGAGCGCAUGGUGAAGGAGGGCUCCAUGAUGAUCGGCUACCAGCCCCAUGGGACCCGGGGCAAUUUUUUCCGCUUGAUCGUGGCCAACCCCGCGCUGACCCAGGCCGACAUGGACUUCCUCCUCAACGAGCUGGAGCGGCUAGGCCAGGACCUCUGAGUCCUCCUUUCACUGCUGGCCUUGACCCUCCUUCCUCCGCUCUGGCUCUGCGGACCCCUCCCCCUGUUCCCAGACCAAUCUUUUUAGGAAACAGAGUGGCUGUAAUAAUGUUUAUAUCCUUUGACCUACUAACUCUCCUCUUAAAUAUGUGAUAUUAGGAGAAUGUUUAAUGAACUACAGUAUAUUCUUAUGAUAGAAUGUUAGGCUGCCUUCAGAAUUAUGUUUACAAAAAGGGUGUUUAUUGAUAUGAGAAAAAUAAUUUUAAUAUAAUGUUGAAAAAUCUGGAUAUAGUACUUUAUAUAUUAUAAUAUCUGAGCUAUAUUAAAACAUACAUAGAAAAAGACUGAUGAAAUAUGCCAAAACGUUAAUAGUUUUACCUCAAAUGGUAUUACAGGCACUUUAGAAAUUAACUUCUUACUCUGGCCGGUAUGAGUUGGUUGGGCAUUGUCCCAUGUACCAAAAGGUUGCAGGUUUGAUUCCUGGUAGGGGGUGUGCAGGAGGCAGCCGAUCGAUGUUAUGCUCUCACAUGAAUGUCUCUCUCUCUCUCCCUCUCUAAAAAGUAAAAAUAAAUUUAACUUUUCAUGCCUUUUGUGCUCCCUCCUUUUAUCAUAAAAUGAAUAUGCAUUACUCUUACAAUAGAAAAAUGAUAAAGUUAAAAUUUCAACUAUA